ACACGGGAGGGGUUGGCGUGCUGGCUGGUUCCGGGGGCGCACUCGCGGCUGGGGCAGACCGCGGUCGCGUAGCUGACGUCAUCGCUUUGCGCUGCCACGUCUGCUCAGCUCCGCGGUAAUGGAGGCUGGGGAUGGGUGCUGAAGUACCAGGCUCUGGCUCUAGCUUUAGCUCUGGCACUGGAACUGCCUCGGAGUCUGGGUCUGAGUCUGGCAGCCCGAAGCCUGGACACCUUUUCUUGAUUCUCUAGGCGAGGGCUGCCUGCGUCCAAGCAGCUGGUUUGCAGCGUUUCAACGCGGGGAGGGAGUUCCCUUACUUGGGGUCCAGUCUGUACAGUUGUCGCCGCUUUCUAGGGAUCCCGCCCCACCGGCUGGGACUCCUCCAUGCUUGAAACUGGUUGACAACCAUUAACCUGGGUUGCAACUACAGGUGGCACUGGAAGCAGACUGGUUCCUGGACAUGCCCGGUGGAAGGAGGGGCCCUAGUCGGCAACAGCUAAGCCGUUCAGCUUUACCUUCUUUGCAGACUUUGGUUGGUGGGGGCUGUGGCAAUGGAACAGGCUUGAGAAACAGGAAUGGUAGUGCUAUUGGCCUUCCAGUCCCACCUAUCACAGCCUUAAUCACCCCAGGUCCUGUUCGUCAUUGCCAAAUUCCUGACUUGCCUGUGGAUGGGAGCCUACUCUUUGAAUUCCUUUUUUUCAUCUACCUGUUGGUUGCUCUUUUCAUUCAGUACAUCAACAUUUAUAAAACAGUGUGGUGGUAUCCUUACAAUCAUCCUGCUUCUUGUACAUCACUGAAUUUUCAUCUCAUUGAUUAUCAUCUGGCAGCAUUCAUCACAGUGAUGCUUGCGAGGAGGCUUGUAUGGGCUCUCAUCUCAGAGGCUACUAAGGCAGGUGCAGUGUCAAUGAUUCACUACAUGGUUCUGAUAUCAGCUCGCUUGGUACUACUCACUUUGUGUGGAUGGGUACUUUGUUGGACCCUCGUCAAUCUCUUUCGAAGCCAUUCAGUCCUCAAUCUCCUUUUCCUUGGCUACCCGUUUGGUGUUUAUGUUCCUCUUUGCUGUUUUCAUCAAGAUAGUAGAGCUCAUCUUCUUCUCACAGACUAUAACUAUGUGGUUCAGCACCAGGCAGUAGAGGAAAGUGCCUCGACUGUGGGAGGCUUGGCCAAAUCCAAAGACUUUCUCUCCUUGUUGCUGGAGUCGCUAAAAGAACAGUUUAAUAAUGCCACACCCAUCCCCACCCACAGUUGUCCCCUAUCUCCAGACCUCAUUCGCAAUGAAGUAGAAUGUCUGAAAGCAGAUUUCAACCACAGAAUCAAGGAGGUUCUGUUCAACUCCCUCUUCAGUGCCUACUAUGUUGCAUUUCUCCCCCUGUGUUUUGUGAAGAGUACCCAGUACUAUGACAUGCGCUGGUCAUGUGAGCACCUCAUUAUGGUGUGGAUCAAUGCUUUUGUCAUGCUCACCACACAACUGUUGCCAUCCAAAUACUGUGAUUUGCUACAUAAAUCAGCUGCUCACCUGGGCAAGUGGCAGAAGCUGGAACAUGGGUCCUACAGCAAUGCUCCACAGCACAUUUGGUCAGAAAAUACAAUAUGGCCUCAAGGGGUGCUGGUGCGGCACAGCAGAUGUUUAUAUAGAGCCAUGGGGCCUUACAACGUGGCAGUGCCUUCAGAUGUAUCUCAUGCCCGCUUUUAUUUCUUAUUUCAUCGACCAUUAAGGCUGUUAAAUCUGCUUAUCCUUAUUGAGGGCAGUGUCGUCUUCUAUCAGCUCUAUUCCUUGCUGCGGUCAGAGAAGUGGAACCACACACUUUCCAUGGCUCUCAUCCUCUUCUGCAACUACUAUGUUUUAUUUAAACUUCUCCGGGACAGAAUAGUAUUAGGCAGGGCAUACUCCUACCCACUCAACAGUUAUGAACUCAAGGCAAACUAAGCUGCCUCUCAACAAUGAGGGAGAACUCAGAUAAAAAUAUUUUCAUACGUUCUAUUUUUUUCUUGUGAUUUUUAUAAAUAUUUAAGAUAUUUUAUAUUUUGUAUACUAUUAUGUUUUGAAAGUCGGGAAGGGUAAGGGAUAUUAAAUGUAUCCGUAAACAAGGUGAUGUGAUCUUUCAUGUGUUAGUAUAUUCGAAUAAUAUACAUAUGAGAGGUAUGCCUGUCCAGUAAAGAGAUUGAUUUGUUUGUAUGGCUCUGGAAUAACUCAUUCGUUUAUGAACACAUCUCAUGUAUUACUUGACACAGUACCUUUGGUAUGUCUGCUUUUCUUUCAAUCCUCUAUCUUUAGCCCUCAGCUGGCCAGUAAUUAUUGCUAAAGAAAGGGAGAUCAAUGGAGUUGCCUACCAGCACCCAUUCUCUUUUAGUUCAGCUGGCUAAUAGUAUUGGAAUACAUUGGGAAAAGAGUGGGUUAAAGUCCUAGGUGGGGUUCUCUUUGUUGCCUACCAGAAGGAAGCAGUAGGCUUCCUUUCUAAGAUAGGGACUCAGCUGCUUUAUUUUACCCUGUGACAUUUAAAUAUACUUUUGAAUAAGCUACUAUCCUGAGGCUCAGGGUUUUGCUGCCACUUUUCCUGUUUUUCCACUUCUGCUUCCAAAGAUUUUCCUCUUAGUUGUUUGAAAUAAUACUUUGCCAGACAGGAAGUCUUUAGACUGCCCACAUUCAUGAAGAAGAUGAUGUGUGGCUGGAUCAGUAGGAGAAGCUGAGUGCAAAUGCCAUGUGGGCUAGAGUAUGGGAAAGUUGAAAAUUCCAAGUAACUGGGAGAAUGGGCAAGUCCUCAGCUGAACAAUCUUGGAUGUAGUCUAGCAGCAACCCACCUACAAUGGCAUUAUGUUUGGAGUUAUGAGGGGAAGUGAAAGAUAAGAAUUACCUACAGCUUUGUAUUCAGAUAAUUUAUAUCCAAAAUUUGUGUUUUAAAUUUCAUACUCCAGAAUUUUCAUGUUUAUGAGUAUUAGCCCUUUAAGUUAUGGGAGGUGAUAUACUUAGUCCAUUGAUGUUGUCACUUGUCAUCUAAAUUUAUGAGACCUUGUCUUAGAGAAUCUAAAAUAUAUUGUCAUAUGUUUUCUGUGCUGAGUUUGGUUUGUUACACUGUGAAGCUUUUGGUGAAACAAAAUAAGACUUAUGAAGUAAAAAGACCAAUCAUGCAGUUGACAAGCUGGCCCUGAAAAUAAUUCUUCCAGAAGAGUUCCUGAAAGGCUUCACCAAAGGAAGCAUUGUGACGAGUGUGUAUAAAACCAAGGUACCCAAUAUCAGUUUUAUGUUUAAAUCAAUAAUUGUUUCUUUAAAUA